AUGUUGGUGACAGGCACCCCAGCCUGCUCUGGGAAAAUUGAACCUUUUACCAUCCAAUCCGACAUUUCUCGGGCAUCCGGAUCUGCGGUCGGUGAUGUUUCGGUCAACAAGAGAAUGGGUGUUGCUCCUAUUCUUACAAUACAGUCAUCGUCGCGCAACUCCUUCGGAAGAUGGGGCUUCGGAUACGACCUCCAGAUCAGACCUAUCCGUUGCGAAAAAGAUGGUGAUGAAAAUCCAACAUACUAUUCACCCAAUCGACCAUUGCAGGACUUCAAAAGCUAUGCGGUGACUAGUGCGGACGGCAACGCAAUCUCUGACAGCGAUCAGAGUCUUGAUUCAUUGGAAGCGUUGUCAUCGUCCGUCAACGAAUACUCUUUCUUCGACGAAGCCAUACUGUACGUUCGCGGUGGCAGCGGCGGACAAGGUUCCAGCACCUACAAAAAAGCCGCAGGUGGACAGAACGGACAGCCCGACGGAGGCAACGGUGGUCAAGGCGGAAACGUGAUUCUUCAAGUAGACGUCUCACUCAAUACAUUGGCAGGACUCACACAAGCCUGGCGACCAAAUUCGUUCGGCGGUAGUGGUGCCGCGGCGGCUCCCCAAUCCACGGCUACCUUGCGACCCAAAUCGUUUCGAGCCGAAAAUGGCAGUGACGGCGACCGCCAAUUUAAAAAUGGUCGCUACGGAAAGGAUGUGUACAUCCGUGUACCACCGGGUACUGUCGUUCAGGAAGAGAUAUCGCCCGGAGACUAUCGCGAACUAGGUAGCUUGACCGAAGUAACGGACGAACUUGUAGUAGCACAGGGUGGGCAAGGGGGCGAAGGUACCGGUGUUCAGGGUCGCAACCGCGGGGUUCGGCGACCACGGAUACCGGCGACUGGGGGCGACCGUAAAGUACUCAAGCUUACUCUGAAAAUUGUCGCGGACGUGGCCCUUGUGGGAGUUCCCAACGCGGGUAAAUCCACCUUUUUGGCCGCCGUGACACGGGCCAAGCCCAAAAUUGCGAACUAUCCGUUCACCACCGUCAUUCCGAAUCUUGGGGUAUGGAUUCCGGGUGGGGCGUUGGAAGAAGCACAGUCCUCACAGCCAGAUAAGGGUGCCGGUAGUGAAGGGCUUGUCUUGUGUGACGUGCCGGGCUUGAUUGCCGGGGCUGCGCAGGGUGUCGGGCUGGGACACGCGUUUUUGCGACACGUCGAACGCUGUCACGUCAUUCUGCACUUGAUCGAUGCGACGUCCAACGACCCAGCAGCUGACUACGAAAUGUUGAAUCGUGAAAUAGUCAAGUACGGAACUGGUCAGCUUGCACAAAUGCCUCAAGUUGUCGUUAUCAACAAGAUAGAUGCCUUUGAAGGUGCCAAACAAGAAUGGGAAGAAGGACUUGAAGUUAAAUGGGCACGGAAUGAUCUGGAACGAAAGAUGAAAGAGUCGAUGCCGCAUUCAAGGCUCAUGUGGAUGAGUGCGAGGGAACGUGAAGGUGUCGACGAUCUCAUGUCUCGACUGGCUUCCUUUGUCAAAAAAGUCAAGGCUGGCGUACCUGUCAAAGAGCCUUUUCAAUCGCUGUCCGCUCAGAUGAGCGUUACUCAUGUCCCAGGCAAACACGUGCCACACAUGCAAAAUAUUUUGUAUCAGCCAACACUCAUGGCUUGUUGGUCGAGCCGACAUAUCCAUUUCUAUUUUACGGGACAUCACCAAUCCGUUUCGAUCCCAUCCGGAAUGUUUUUGGACCGACAGCUCGUCGGCGCCUCCAACGGAAACCACGCGAGGGCUCCGGGCAGAGAAAAGCCUAGCCGUACCUGGAUUCGCCUGUGUAUCGAAGUACUGGCUUCAGUGAACGCUUGGAGCACCGUGACAAUCCAACGUAAUUUAAAAAGCGUCGGUUUGGAGGGUUGCCGUUCUUUAGAAACGGCGUCAUUCCUCUCUCCGGAGUGCUGGGGUCAAGCUCCGCGUCUCUCUGGCUAGCUGAGACGGCAGUGCUUUCAUUCAUAAAGGAUUUCCGCGAAGUAUGUAGAUUUCCGUGUUCCGUUUCUAUGUGGCUUGAAGUGGAGCUCGUUGCGACACCGCCUUUCUCGUAUCUCAGAAGUGCGGAAUAUUUCAAAUGACGAGGUGCAAUUACAAGUCCAAUGAGGCUAAUGAGGGCUUUCCACUUACCUUCGCCCGACAUUCAUUAUGGUCUCAUAGUCGGCGAUCAAAAAGUAACACCUAUGAUAAAGGUUUUACGCGACAC